AUGGUCUGUCACUGCAGGAAAGAUCAAGGGAACCUUUUUAAUGGCAAGAUUAAAUUGUCAGUGAAAUGGAAGACAAUGGGAUGCUUCAUGCCAAAGUAUCUGGAGCUUGAUAAAAGAAUACUGGAAUGGUUAACAGAGCAGAGAAGCCAAGGUAAGUUUUUUGUCGAACAUCGAUUUUGUAUUUUAAAACAACAGAAACAUGAUCACGAAGUGAAUCAAUCAACUGAUUGCAAAAUGAAUGUGAGUUGAAUAUAUGACUCUCCAAACUAUUGUAGUAUCAUGUGACAACAUUGUGUAAGGAAGAUUCUCAUCGGCCAAUUUUCACAAGUGUCCAAACAAAAUCAAGAUGUGUUCAAUUUUUAUCCUUUUGAUUGUUUGGUAACCUUCUCACUUCAUUUUGUAUUGGAAUAGCUGUUAAUGGAUUGAUGCUAUGGUUAAAGGCAAAAGAAUUCAGCGAGGAUCCUGAGUUUAAAGUGCCCUUCCGCUGGUACCAGAAGUGAAAGUGCCGAGAUUCUGUCAGCCUUUAGACCAAACCAACACUCGUUCAGCAUCUUCUAGAAGAUUUGGUGCAGCAAACAGUCAAGUUCCAUUGAUUUGUAAUCACAUCCCAUCAGCGUCACAGUUAUUCCCUAUCAAGAAUCCUCUAUUCUCAUAA